UUACUCUUCACCAAAGCCAGACUAGAUCUCUCUCUCUCUCUCUCUCUCUCUCUCUCUCUCUCUCUCUUCCAAAUCAUCAACGACAACACCAAUCUCUUCUUUGAUCUUCUUCUAAACUACUGCAACAACUGUAAAACGAUGGCUAAGAAGAAAGCGGCGUUGCCCGGUCGCGCAUGGAGGCUGUUGCGCAUGGCGCUUCUGUGGGCUCGCAAGGGCGGCGUGUUCAAGCGCGGCAUCUUCGUCGACCUCCGCAUCGUCCCCGGCUACCUCAAGAGCCUCAAACCCGGCGGCCGUGGCUCUGACAGGCUUCACUUCGGGGAGCGCGAGUUCUCCUUCGAGGAGACACCGGCUUUCCGCUUCAAGACGCCUUCCGUGCGGCUUCUCCGCAUCCCCUGCAUCACUCCGGCCGGGGACUUGGAUACGGAGGACGACGAUCUCGUCUUCGCCAAGCUUGACAGGAAUAGUUACUUACCGGAUAAGCAUGAGGCGAAAGAGGCGAGCGAGAUCGGCUGCGAGGAUGACGACGACGACAAUGCGGCACGGGAAUGCGAGGAUCACGCGGGGAUGGAGGAAGAAGAUGAGAUCGACAGGAAGGCGGAGCAGUUCAUAGCAAAGUUCUACGAGCAGAUGAAGAUGCAGCGGCAGAUGUCAUGGCUUCAGUACAACGAGAUGCUCGUCAGAGGCGUGAAUUGAUUGAUUUGCUUGGCUCAGAGUCUUCAUACAUCAUAUAUCCUGUUUGAUUUGUUUUGUGUUUGCUGGUGGAUCUUUUCGUUGCGGCGUCGGUGUAGAUAUUAAGAGCUUUCAUAUAGAUAUAUGUAGGAGAGCUUUUGACAGGUCUA